CACACACACACUCUAUGGGGAAAAGUUAUUGAGGCUAUGAGAAAUUUUAUAAUUCGGUUUUCAAUAUUAAUAUGUUUCACAAUAGGGAAAGUAUCAAUGGUAAAUGAAACGAGUAGUGAAUAUUAGUAAUAAAUGUGCCGAUUGCAGUACAUACAUAUCAUGCAAUGUUAUGAAUUAUGGCCAGUUAAUAGAAUUGAACGCUGAUGAAAACAAGAUUAAGAGAUGUGAUUCAAAAGUAACUACUGUUAAUACAUUAGAUAAAUGUUUGCCAAGGGUUUAUCGUAUACAUGAGCUAUUGGAGGGUUUUAUCUGCUUCUGGACGCCACAGAUGGGAUGUACAAUUGUCAUUGGCAAGCGCCAACAGCAAAGAAAUUACACUGAAAACUAUUGUGAACAAUGUUUGUCACAUUGCCCCUGCUCUGAAGGAAGUAGAGUGCAUAUAGGACUUACGGCACGAACCAUAUGCAUUGGAUUGGUCUUGGGACUAAUGUGGGCAUUAUAAAAUAUACAUAUAUCCUUAGAUCUAAAUUUCAAAGCACCCAGCUAAAUAACAUAAAUUAUAUAAAUAAGGCUGGGUCUAUCAAGGCGGCUGCUAACUUUUUAGCUUUUUAACUAAUUGUGCAAUACUGCAAAUAAAUUUUAACACACUUUAACGGCAUCGACAAUGUGCUAACUCUGCAGGUUAUAGCGUUGCCAGAUAUUUAAAUAUUUUUUGUAAAAAGAAAUGCGGUCACACUUAAUGCAACAUGCAAACUAAUAAAA